AUUGAUUAUAGUGGCAAAUAUUGUGCAUUUAUCAAUCUAAAAUAUAAAUAAUCUAAGCGUUUAGUUUUUUCAUUAGACGAAGUCAUAAAAUAUAAAUGAUGAUAAAUGAGAUAUCUUAACUUUUCUACUACGUCGGUGAUAUCCUCCGCAUAGUAAUGUAACGUUGUGUCUUAUCAUAUUAUUCAUUUCUGUCAGUGGAUCUAUUGUAGACAGAUUGUUAAACAGACAUGCACCAGUUUGCUUUCGUUGUGUGUCUCUCGGUUUUAAAUCUGGUAGGUGCCUGUGUAGAUUACACGGAAUGCACUCUACCUGAUGGAAAGGUGGGGAUGUGUUACAACGAGAUGUGUGUAGGACAAGUCGACGAUGCUGUAAGAGAGAAUCUGACAUUCACAAUCAUAGUGAAAUAUCCGGAGUCCAUUUUACGGAACCAUGGACGAACAACAUUAUACAUCAGAGGCAAUGGGCUCUGUCUAAAAUGGAACAAGGGUAAACGUCUUUCAAAGAUUGGUUAUGAUACAUGGGGGAUAAACAUCACAUAUAAAUCAGUUGUAACCAAAUAUCAAUCUCAAACACGUUCAAAACCCAUCUAUCUUCCUGGCAAUAAGCUUCAGUAUCGUGUACUGGCGGACGACUACGACGAUAUGGUGGGUGCUAACUUUUACAUUAACUUUCCAGUAUCUAAAACUUCUCUGUACUUUUUGGAGAAACCUGUCUUCAUUUCAUACCCAUGGUUUUACCAGAAAACAGGCGCCAUCAGUAGUUUUUUGAUAAAUUCUACAUACAUUGGCAAAGAGAGAAAUGUAACGAUGUAUACACCUCCUAGUUUCAAUGAAAAUACAUAUAAAACUUAUCCUGUGGUAUUCGUUCUGGAUCUCAAUCUACAUUUUGCUAAAUACUUCAAGAAAAAUUUAGAAGGUCCAAUUUAUCCGCAUGCAGUGUCAGAAGAGUAUACAAUAAUAGGGUUUGGUGAUUACAGAAAUGGCGGAAAAGAAAGGUUUGAUCUCCUGACACCAAUCUGA